CAUCACAUAUAAGGACCCUGAGUUGCUCUACUUUUCUCACUCUCCAGCCAGAGCAGAGAAAGACCACAAACCACCGUCCAUAUGGCUACCAUCUUCUCCAGCAGUAGCUUCAUUUCCAGCAGGUCCUCUAUGGGCUCCUCGCGCUUCUCUGCAGGUGGAGGAGGUGGCGGCAUCAGCUCCAUGAGGGCUGGCAGCGUGUACGGAGGCGCAGGAGGUUCAGGGGUCCGUAUCUCCAGUGCCACUCGCUCCAUGGGCUCAGUAGGUUCAGGAAGUGGCUUUGGCUUUGGAGGUGGAUUUGGUGCUGCAGGAGGUGCUGGUUCAGGAUUCGGUGGUGCUGCAGCUGGAGGAGGAUUCAGCGUCAGUGGUGGAGUAGAUGACAGCAUCACUGGCAAUGGAAAGUUCACCAUGCAGAAUCUCAACGACCGUCUGGCUGCUUACCUGGAGAAGGUUCACUCCCUUGAAAAGGACAACGCUGACCUUGAGUUGAAGAUACGCCAAUUCCUUGAUAACAGAGUCUCUCCUAUUGGUGCUACUCAUAACUACUCUGCCUUCGAAGCUACUAUCAGUGACAUCCAGGCUAAAAUCUUGAGUGCCUUGAAGGAAAAGAACACAGUCCACCUCAGCAUUGACAAUAUCAACUUGGCUGCAGAUGACUUCAGAAUGAAAUAUGAGAACGAGCUGGCAAUGCGUCAGUCUGUGGAAGCUGACAUCGCAGGGUUGAAAAAUGUUCUCAGCGAGCUCAACAUGAGUCAUAAAGACCUCAACCUGCAGAUCGAAGAGCUCACAGAGGAGCUGGUCUACAUUAAGAAGAAUCAUGAGGAGGACCUCUUGACCUCUCGUGAUCAGAUGAGUGGACAGGUCAACGUGGAGAUUGAUGCCGCACCACAGGAAGACCUCACCAAAAUUCUAGCUGAGAUGCGUGAGCACUACGAGACGGUCGUAGCCAAAAGCCGGAGAGACCUUGAAGGCUGGUUCCAGCAGAAGUCUGAGACCUUGAAACAAGAGGUGGUAACAAGCACAGGGACCUUGGAGAUUUCGAAAACCGAGGUCAACACAGAGAAGAGCACAGUACAGUCCCUGGAGUUGGAACUUCAGUCUCUCGUUGCCAUGAAAUCAUCCAUGGAAAGCACCCUGAGUGAGACUCAGAAUCGCUACGCCCUGAAGCUGUCUGGCUACCAGGCACAGGUGGGUGGAAUGGAGGGUCAACUGGUGCAGCUUCGUGGCGAUCUGGAGCGUCAGAGUCAAGAGUACCAGAUGCUUCUGGACAUCAAGACCAGACUGGAACUGGAGAUUGCCGAGUACAGAAGACUGCUGGAUGCAGAAGCCAGCGGCAGCCUCACAAUCUCAGGCAACUCUGACUCCAGCUCCUCCUCCAGCUCGAUUGCUUCUACUAAAACAGCUAUGAUCACCGUUGUGGAAGAGGUGGUUGAUGGUGGGACGGUGGUUUCUUCAACAUCCCUUGUUAAAGCAGACACAGUCAACAUGGCUUCCUCCUACUCCACCCGCAGCAGCCACAUGUCCUCCAGCGGCUCCAUGCGUAUGUCCACGUCAAGCGUGGGAAGCAGCCGUGUGAGCACCAUGAGGGCCGGCAGCGUGUAUGCCGGCGCAGGAGGUUCAGGGGUCCGUAUCUCCAAGGCCACUCACUCUGUGGGAGGAGGUUUCAGCAUGUCAGGAUCUGCAGACAGCAGCAUCAUUGGCAAUGAGAAAAUCACCAUGCAGAGCCUCAAUGACCGUCUGGCUACUUACCUGGUCAAAGUGCGCUCACUAGAGAAGGCCAAUGCUGAUCUGGAGCUGAAGAUCCGCCAGUUCCUAGAUGGCAAAGCCUCUCCUGUUGCACGUGACUACAGAGCCUACUUUGUCACCAUACAGGAUCUUCAGGCUAAGAUCUUGGCAUCCAUUCAGAUGAAGGGUAGAAUGCAUCUCAGCAUUGACAACACCAGCCUGGCCAUUAAUGAUUUCAAAAUGAAAUAUGAAACGGAGCUGGUCAUGCGUCAGUCAGCAGAAGCAGACAUCGCCGGCCUGAAGAGGGUUCUUAAUGAGCUCGACAUCACCAGAAAAGACCUCACCAUGCAGAUCGAAGGGCUGAAGGAGGAGCUGGUCUUUCUGAAAAAGAAUCACGAGGAGGAUCUGUUGGUGGCACGGUCACAAAUGAGCGGACAGGUUCACGUCGAGGUGGAUGCAGCUCCACAGGAAGAUCUCACCAAGAUCCUGGCAGAAGUGCGCGAGCACUAUGAAGCAGUUACAGCCAAGAACCAAAGAGAUUUGGAGAACUGGUUCAAGACAAAGACAGAAACUCUGAAACAAGUCGUUGUCACCAGCACUACAGAACUGAAAACAUCUCGCACUGAAGUCAACACAGUUAAAUCCAAACUACAGGCUUUGGAAAUCGAACUCCAGUCACUCUUAGCUAUGACAGCAUCUAUGGAGGCCACAUUGACUGAGACAAAGAAUCGUUAUUCCCUAAAGAUGUCUGGCUACCAACAACAGGUCACCAUCCUGGAAGAGCAGAUUGUCCGCCUCCGAGGUGAUCUGGAGCGCCAGCGUCACGAGUACCAGAUACUCCUGGACAUCAAGACCCGACUGGAGCUGGAGAUCGCAGAGUACAGGAGACUGCUGGACGGAGAAGCCACUGUCAAAGCAACAACCUCCACGUCCAGCUCGAGGACUAAAGUCAUCACAGUCGUGGAAGAGGUUGUAGAUGGGAAAGUGGUCUCCAGCUCCACGUCCUCAACCAUGUCUGACAAGCGCAUCAUUUGAUUGGCUGUAAUGGAUGUUUGUGUUUGCAGCAUGCACACAACUGGAAACCAAAUAAAACAGCAUUUAAACACUA